UGGCAGUUUGGGGUUGAGGUCCUGAAGAGUGUGGAGGUCAUAUUCUUGGCCUGACAGUGUCUUUGGCUCUGCUGGAACGCCGACAGUCCCACCCAGCCAUGUUCCCCAAACCUCUCACGCAGCGCCAGUCCCAGGGUGGAGAGAGGCAGAGGGAGCCCGGACAGGAGAGCAUGGGGGGGAGUCCAGAAGCUGGAAGUGCAGGGAGGGGCUGGGAGAGUCUCAGAACCUGGGUGGGAGCAGGACAGCUAAGAGAAACUAGGAGAUCAGGACAAAGGACUACGCAAAAGACCCCAGCAUGUGGGGAUACCUGUCCCUGCUGCCUGCCUUCCUGGCAUUCUGGGCUACUGCUGGCAUCUGGACCGUUUUUUCGCUUGCUGUGGCCAACAAGGCUGUGAACCUCACUGAAGGCUUCCCCUAUAUCAGUCGAUGUGGAAAUAGCCCCCCUCAGAGCUGCAUCUUCAGCCAGGUGCUCAACUUGGGAGCUGCUUUGGCCGCCUGGACCUGCAUUCUCCGUUACCACCAGCUUCGGGACUGGGGGGUCGGAAAGUGGCCUAACCAGCUGAUCCUGUGGACGGGGCUCCUCUGCACCUUGGGCACCUCCAUAGUGGGCAAUUUUCAGGAAAAGAACCAGCGGGCCACGCACCUAAUGGGGGCCUUCCUCGCCUUCUUUGUGGGAAUAUUCUACUUCUGGCUGCAGCUCCUUGUCUUCUGGAGGGUGAAGAGCCUGCCCCAGCCCGGGGCUCCCUGGAUCGGGCCACUCCGUCUGCUCCUCUGCAGCAUUUGCACCAUCCUCACGGUGGCCAUGGUCGUCCUCCACACCUGGUCACUGCGCUCAGCCUCUGCCGCCUGUGAAUGGGUCGUCGCCAUGCUGCUGUUCAUCCUCUUUGGCCUCUUUGCGGUGGACUUCUCCAGCCUGGAUGGCUGCACCCUGUGUCUCCAGCCGGGCCCUGGCAGCCUGAGCCCCCCGCCGGCCUCCCCCAUCUCCCUGAAGGUCCAGCACUGAACACCUGGUCAGCGUAGCAUCUUCGCACCUCCUGUCCCUGCCAUCUGGUUCCGCCCCUGCAACCAAGGCCACCCAGGAAGCGAGAGGCCAAGGCCAGCCAGCCAUCCCUGAUCAAGGAUAUUUAUUAUUAUUAUUAUUAAUUUUUUUUUUUUUUUUGCCGCUGGCGGAAUCAGAGACACGGACGCAGGCAGGAUCACGCGAAAUCAGAAUUCCUUCCAGAGAGCAAAUCCGUACAGAAGGUCGUGGGGAAGGGAGAAGA